AUGGAGCACAGUGAGGUGGUUGAUGCCCCGGCUGGCUCUGAGGUGCCCCAGGAACUGCUGGAAGAAAUGAUUUGGUUUUUUCGUGUAGAAGAUGCGACUCCUUGGAAUUAUUCCAUCCUCGCUCUUGCAAUGGUGGUAGUCAUGAUAAGCAUGUUCCUCCUGAGAAGGAGCAUCCUGGCAAACAGAAACCGAAAGAUGCAAUCACAAGACAAAGAAACACCAGAAGCCAUGCAUCUGGAUGAAGCCAAAACCAAAGAAAAAGAUAGUCUGAGCAACCUAAGAGAGAUGCUGAUUCCAGAGGAGCCAACCAUGGCCCCUGUGGAAACUGAGAUGAAUGAGAAAGAUAUACCACUGGUCUUCCUUCCGGUCUUCCUUCCUGAACCACAGGAAACCGACAGCUAG